AUGGUUGUUUCCUACCAGUACCCAAAUAGCACAUGGGAGACAGUGGCAAUGAAGCCUUGCCAAAGGGCGCUAGGCCUUGGUGGGAUUCGAACAUACGACCCUCUAAUUACAAGGCGAGAGUUAGAACCGCACCACAGCACUUCCACGGCAAUAAUGAAAUUAAACAUCAUGGUCUCAAUGAUGAAAAGGGAGUCCUCUGUGGUCACACCACAUUUUCUAGCUGUUCCACAGGGAAUUUCUGAAUUACCGAAAUCCAUCGAUUAUCUUAGAGAAAGUAUGGUUCAAGAGAAUACAGAUGAAUACUCUCCGUUACAAAUGGCUGUAAUGAAUGGUCACCUUGAUGAAGUACAAAGCAUAGUCAGUCAAGGGGCGAACGUGAAUCAGGGUACCGCUGAAGGCUGGACACCGUUAAUGAUUGCAGCAAAGACCGGCAGAGUGAAGCUGUUGACAUUUCUCAUCGAUCAAGGGGCUGAGAUUACAAAGUCUGUUGAAAGCUUGACUGCAUUACACAAUAAUGCUAAUGGUCAUCUUGAUGUAACCAAAUAUCUCAUCAGUCAAGGGGCUGAGGUAAAUAAAGGAGAUAACAAUGGUUGCACCGCAUUACACUUUGCUGUUAAGAAUGGCCAUCUUGAGGUCACUGCAUAUCUGAUCAGUCAAGGGGCUGAGAUUAACGGAGGAAUAGAUAAUGGUGGGACUGUAUUACACAUUGCUGCUUUCAGUGGUCAUCUUGAUGUAACCAAAUAUCUGAUCAGUCAAGGGGCUGAGGUGAAUGGAGGAAAUGAUAAAGGGGCUGAGGUGAAUAAAGGAGAUAAAAAUGGUGGGACGGCAUUACACUUUGCUGCUCAUAAUGGGCGUAUUGAUGUAACCAAAUAUCUCACCAGUCAAGGGGCUGAGGUUAAUAAAGAAGCCAUUCUAGGAUGGACUGCAUUCCACGUUGCUGCUAAUAUUGGUCAUCUGGAUGUCAUCAAAUAUCUGAUCAGUCAGGGGGCUGAGGUGAAUAAAGAAGAUAACGACGGUGGGACUGCAUUACACAUUGUUGCCCAGAAUGGUCAUCUUGAUGUAACCAAAUAUCUGAUCAGUCAAGGGGCUGAGGUGAAUAAAAGACUUAACAAUGGUUUGACUGCAUUACACUUUGCUGCUCAGAAUGGUCAUCUUGAUGUAACCAAAUAUCUCAUCAGUCAAGGGGCUGAGGUGAAUAAAGAGGAUAACAAUGGUAGAACUGUAUUACACCGUGCUGCCCAGAAUGGUCAUCUUGAUGUAACCAAAUAUCUCAUCAGUCGAGGGGCUGAGGUGAAUAAAGGAGAAAACGACGAUAUUCAUCUUGCAAUACAAAAUGGUCAAACCCCCAAGAUUGAGAACUUAGUGUCUCAAGGAGCUGAUCUCAAUAUCCAGUCAGCUGACGGUCAGAUGUGUCUCCAUGAAGCCAUCAAACUCUGUUACAAAACUGGGAGAAAUGUAGAAGAAAGCUACACGCUAAGAAAGAUUUCAGACGAGAUUUACAAUGGAAACCUAUCACCUGCGAAGGCUUUGGUGUUUUAUCUACUUGACAAUGGAGCUAAGACAGACGUGGAAGAUAAGUCAGGAAAACUACCAAUCCAUUAUGCCAAAGAUGAAGUGGUUAGACAGAUGAUCUUAUCGAGAAUGGAAUCUCCUGAAGAGGCCCAUUAUUAUCAAGAAAGCGUGAAUAAAGAACAUCACACGGAAUCUAAAGUCUCUGCCGACGCAACUUCAGAGGAUGUCACAAUGUCCCAGGAUGAUACGAGGGAGCAGAGUAAGCAAAAUGAAACUCAAACCCAUGCUGCAGAAAGCGAUGAGGGUCAUCAUACUGAUGAAGAAUAUGACUUGAUUCAAAUUGAGAAGCAUGGCAUUACUGUCAGAAUUUCCAAAUAUGAAAUCUACAGUGCAAAGGACAUCACUGUGGAAGUGAUUGAAGAGGUCCCACCUGAGCUAAAGCUGAAGGAAACAGAAGCCAUCAUUUCGGUUGGAUUGAAGAUGUCGCCUUCUGAUGCAAUCUUUGACAGUCCUGUAAGAGUAACAAUGCCCCACUGUGGUGCAUUUACAAAGCCUACUGAUGCAGAAGUUUACAUCUAUUAUCGCAAGAACGAUUCUGCAAAGUUUACAGCGAUUCUAUCCACCAGCACUAGUAUCCCAAAAUGUGUUGUGAGAGAUCGCGAUCUAGAUAUCUACCUGGAACACUUCUCAGAAUUCAGGAUUGUUGCUACAAUAAGAAGGAUAUUUAUUGGGAAACGUGUUAUUUGUACACCAAUCAUUCCUGUACUAGCACCUAGAAAUCCCAUGCCCGUUUUGUGGGUCAAUGUCAGGGACCAAAACGUUGCAGAAGGACAGAUUCCAGAAGGAUAUAAGGUCCCGAUUCCUGGGGAGCAGUUCUUAGUCAGGUGGCGUUCAGGGGAAUUGAAAAUUUCUUGCAAAGAAAGCACUCUGAAAGGCGAUCCUCGGAUUCUCAAGGAAGGAGAAAUCCGUCACCUAACUGAGCACCAACUCAUGUUUGAGGUGGAUACACAAAACAUUACUGAGAAUAAAUUCAACCUACACUUCACCCUACAACAGAAUACAACUAAGGAGCUCAUCGUUCCAAUGUCGUUAAAAGAAGCAGCUACGGUGAUAUCAGAGGGAGGAGCUUGUUCACCAUCAGCGAUAGCGACAUCAUCCCCAUUGGCUGGCAAUCAUCCUGCAGAAACCAUAGGUUCUGGUUCUACUUCUGAAACAAGAACAACAAUGAAAGAGUCUGAGGAGGAUUUCGAUGACAUUCUGAAGGAAAUUGCUGAACAGGUCAACAAAAGGCAGGACGUCGAUGAUCUUGGCUGUAAACUGGGAUUUCAUCCAUCAAAAAUAGAAUCAUAUUGUGAGAAUAACAGGAAUGGAUCACACAUGGGCACGCGACAGAUGCUUCGUGAUUGGAGGAAAAUAACCCAUGAAUCAGAAGAACGAGUACUGUUGAGGCAAGCCCUUACUGACAUCAGGUACAUUCGUUUGGCUGACGAGCUUCUGCCUGAGUAUUGA